AUGGUUGGGGGUCGUCCCGAUGGUUGGAGGUCGUUCCGAUGGUUGGGGGUCGCACUGGUGGUUGGAGGUCGUACCGGUGGCUUUGAGGGUUACAACACAAAAGGUCCUCACACCAAUAUUGUGACCCAGGGCGACAAAUACAAUGACGACGACUACAACGACCAGUACAAUGACGACGACUACAACGACCAGUACAAUGACGACGACUACAACGACCAGUACAAUGACGACGACUACAACGACCAGUACAAUGACGACGACUACAACGACCAGUACAAUGACAACGACUACAACGACCAGUACAAUGACGACGACUACGACGACCAGUACAAUGACGACGACUACAACGACCAGUACAGUGACGACGACUACAACGACCAGUACAAUGACGACGACUACAACGACCAGUACAAUGACGACGACUACAACGACCAGUACAAUGACGACGACUAA